AUGACGUCAAUUCCCCACACUCUGUCAACACCCGACGUGCGGCAACAAGCUUUCAUCCAUCUCAAUCACAACGGCAGGAUGAGCAAUGGAUCAGAGAUGCCCGGGGAGUUUGAUGAUGAGAGUUACGAUAUCACCACCCCAGAGGAAGUUGGCCCCCUGGCAACAUUGAGCCCCAGGCUACCCAACACCCAAUGGAAGGCUUCAUCGCGGACAGUGGAGGAGACACUAGCCCAAGGGCUAUCCAAUGAAGAUCUAUGGAUGUUGAUUCGGCGGUUUGACAAGCAAAUCUACCAUGUGAAAGCAGUCCAGGACGCGAAGGAGAAGAUCGACUUGAACCGCACGGAAAACGAACAGUUCCCACCCGAGAAGCUGCGCAUGACAUUGGAGAGGUUUUAUACAUCGGUGGUUGUGGGAGUUACCGAGUUUUUCCGCCAUAUUACUCGUUUGCGAUCAUGGAAGGAACCAGUUCGAACGACUAUGUUCUGUGGUGGGUAUUUUGUUGCUUGGGCGAUAGAUCUCUUGGUGCCGACAAUCUUGGGACUUAUUGUCGCCUUGAUAAUGGUUCCCCCUGUUCGGGCAUUGCUGUUCCCCGGCCGAGUGAAGAAAGCGGGUGAUGCUGCAACAAGCGGGACUGGUGGUCCGACUGACCAACCUGCGUCCGAAGACAGCCUCACGGGAGCCCCUGAGAACCACAAGGGUGAAGCCGCUGAACAGGAAGCUAAGAAUUUCGUCGACAGCUUUGCCACUGUUGCCAUGGAAAGUGCAGCGGCCAAAUAUGGUCAAACUGUGACGGAAGAUGAGCCAGAUAGACCUGCGAUCACCGAUGGAUUGGAAGCUGCCGAGGCUGCUGCAGAGAACCGCUCUGAUGACGCCCCUGAAGAUAAGACCAAGAAGCCAAUGAAGAAGAAGGUCUCGCAUGCGACAGACCAGGUCAUGCGCAUACUGAGUGAAAUCACCGACAUUUAUGAGAAGUUUGCCAACCUGCUUUCUCCCACACCACCGUUCUUCUUGGUUACAUCUCGGCUUCAAAUUGCUAGCAUAUUCACUUUGAUCUCCGUCCUUGUACCAUUCACAUCUAGUUAUUGGAUCAUCAAGUUCAUUGGAUUUGGAGUCGGACUUGGCUUCUUCGGUGAUCCAAUCUUCGCCCACACACUCGACCUGCUCAACACCAAAUUUCCAAACUGGAAGGACCAAAUGGAUAUCCAAAAAACGCUGUUGGCUGGCGUUCCCACCAAUGCACAGUUAACUUUAACUCUUCUACGCAUUGGCGAGAUCAACUCCUCACCACUCCCACCAGCCCCAGUAUCUGACGACAACGGACCAGCAUGGCCUAUCCGCCGUAAGAAAUCCCAAGCAGCGAGCACCACAGACCUAAGCACACAAGGUUCAUCCACGGAUCUCCAAUCCCCAACAUCAAACGCGUCCCUAGAACCAAUACCGAAGAAGAAAUUCGUCUUCAGGCUCCUGAAGUUCUUCCGCCGCACCAUCGCAACAGCAAUAAAAGGCCAUAUAGCCUUCGAUCGGGCGAUGGCAAUUGCAGGAUCCGCACAUACCAAAAACCUGAUUGGAAUGUUGCAAAAUCGCCAAUUCGGCAAUACAACCUUCGGACCAUUGAAGUUUGAUGCGAAGUUCGAACGCAAGAGAGGUGCUGUGGUUAUUGAUUCAUCAAAAGAGCCUCCUCUCUUAUACUUCACCACCUAUCAGUCCUCUGGGCUGGAUGAUCUGCGUAUCGAGAGCCGGAAGAAGGGUUCUGUUCUGUUCCAGAUUCCAGUAACUGAUAUCAAGGAGUUGAAGAAGACAGAGGGAUUGGGUUGGAAAGGUAAACUUAUUGUAGAGUUGACUGCUGGAAGUAAGGAGGCUGCGGAUGGAUUGGUGAUUGGUGGCGAUGAGUUGGGUCAAUCCUAUCAUCUUACCGGUAUGAGAUCGAGAAAUCAGCUGUUUAAUCGGCUGGUUGCUAUUGAUGCCCAGUUCUGGGAAAGUCGAUAA